GAGGUUUACAGAGAGCGCACAUUUCAUCAUGACGAGCGUUGCAUCAGCCACGAACGCACCAUCAUCUAAAGAGGAACUUUUGAUUAAUGCUAUGGCUGGCAAUGCCUCUAGCUUUAAGGCCGCAGACACAGUGAUACAGUUAGCACAGACCCAGAAGCCAAAACCUGACCCAAAUGGCCUGGUGUUUGGGACGGUCUUCACUGACCACAUGCUGACCAUUGAGUGGAUUCUUGAGGAAGGUUGGCAGAAGCCACACAUCCAGCCUUUUGGGAACCUGUCCAUACAUCCAGGCUGCUCUGCCCUGCAUUACUCUGUACAGCUUUUUGAGGGUAUGAAGGCAUACCGGGGUCCAGAUAACAAAGUGCGUCUCUUCAGACCCUUGAUAAACAUGAAGCGGAUGCUGAAGUCCGCCCACAGGGCCUGUCUGCCUAGUUUUGAUGGUGAAGAGUUGUUGGAGUGCAUCAGGAAGUUGGUGGAAGUGGAUCAGGAUUGGGUCCCUCACUCAGACUCUGCCAGUUUGUACAUCCGUCCCACCUUCCUGGGCACAGAGCCCACACUUGGUGUCAAGAAGCCCUCCAAGGCAUUGCUGUUCGUCAUCCUCAGUCCUGUGGGAUCGUACUUCAGCACGGGAGCUAAACCAGUGUCUCUGUGGGCCGACUCCAAAUACAUCAGAGCCUGGAGGGGAGGGACAGGUGACUGCAAGAUGGGAGGGAACUAUGGCGCCUCUAUCUAUGCUCAGUAUGAGGCAGUGAAUUACGGCUGUCAGCAGGUUCUGUGGCUGUAUGGGGAUGACCAACAGAUCACUGAGGUCGGCACCAUGAACCUUUUCCUCUUCUGGAUCAAUGAAAAAGAAGAGGAGGAGCUUGCAACACCACCUCUAGAUGGCAUUAUUCUGCCAGGCGUUACACGGCAAAGCAUCUUAGAACUUGCUCGCAAAUGGGGUGAGUUCAAAGUAUCAGAGCGCUAUUUGACCAUGGCCGAUCUGCGGCAGGCUCUGGAAGAAAACCGAGUGAGGGAGAUGUUUGGUUCUGGAACUGCCUGUGUUGUUAGUCCAGUUGGCAGGAUCUUGUAUAAGGGAGAGAAUCUGCAUAUUCCAUGUGAAGGAGUCUUUCCUCCACUUGCCUCCAGACUGCUAAAGGAGCUCACAGAUAUUCAGUAUGGACGGACCCCCAGUGACUGGUCUUGCAUCAUAUAAAGGAACCUCACUGAUGUUCAUGUACACAAACUCUUCAAAGACAUUUAAAAUAUGCACAUCGUACAAAAAAAAGAAAAA